UGUCUGUGAGCUGAGGGCAUCGUUUUGCUUCCGUAACCUAUCACCCAGAUCUGUCGUUGUGCAGUCUCAGUGCAGAGCUGCAGACCGAGUUCAGGCGCUGUAGCCAGCUGUCGCGCUCGGCAUUGCUCCACGACACGCACACACGUAACCACAUCCGUACGGCGUGCAUCCAACCACCCCAAUUCCAUAUCCAACUCCCCUUUCACUGGCAGACAGCAAGGCAGACCCGGUGGAGACGUCCACUUUACUCAUUCUCCUAACGGGACACGACAGACUCCAUCGCUCUAACGGGAGUAGAGACCCCCUGUAUGUUGAGGACUGUACAGUGCAGACCACCAGCACUACCAGCGGCAGCACCAUGGCAACCAAGAGACCAGGGGAGAGGACCUCUCCGGCAGCAGGACCCACAGACACCAGGCAGUCUGGAGCAGAGAUACAGGAGACACUGGUAUACAUGCAGUGCUGUGGGCAGGAAGCCCCUAACAUGACAGAGAGCAACGGCCAUAGGAACAUUAUGAAUAGGCACCAUCAGGUACCGGUCUUCGUGCCCCGGGGGAGGACUGAGGCGGGCUGGACCCACCCUGCGGCUCCUCAGCAGACUACAACUCCCAAAGUGCCCUCCUGCCCUGUGUCUGCCCCAUACAGUUUCCGGAGCCCAGGGUCGGUGGAGAUGGAUGAGAUCAUGGCAGCCAUGGUUCUGACCAGUCUGUCCUGCAGCCCUGUGGUCCAGAGCUCUUCUCAGGGUGACCCUGUACCAGGUAAAUUAAGUUCUUUCAGAGGAGCGUACAGGUGUCUGUGGCCCAGCUGUGGCAAGGUGCUCACGUCUUCAGUUGGUAUGAAGAGACAUGUUCGUGUGAUGCACCUGGGCAGUGGAUCGGAGCAGUCCCACAGAGAGGAGGAUUUCUACUACACUAAGUUCUCCUGCAAAGUUCCACCGGCCCUCGUCCCGGCCUUGUCCUCUCACGUCCCAUGGGCAUCCCGUGGCUCCCCUCCAGACCCUGGUCCUGGUCCAGGUUCCUGUCUCCAGAUCCCCUCCUCUACCUCGUCCUCACACUCAGGGUCAGGCAGCUCCAGGCCCAGCUCAGGCCCAGGGUCAACCCCAGGGUCAGCUCCAGACCAGCCCAGCCCUCUCAGCCAGUCUGCCCCCAGUUCCUUUUGGCAGACAGACCACCCGUAUCAGGCCUGCACUCCCCUCCAGGUGACAGUGUCAUGUCACAACUCCGCCCCCUGUUGUUGGACCCCUCCCCCUCUCACCGUCUCUAACCAGCACAGUCACCACAACUCUCAGGUGGUGAGGGGUCGCUGCAGGUCUGUGAGUGUGGGAGAACAGUGGCUUCAACAGAACAGCGCCACCAAAAGGCUAACCACCAUGAGAGCAGCCUCUCCGUCACGCUCUCAAUGCUCCUUCAGAAUGUUUUGGGACCACCAGGUGGUGAGGGGUCGCUGCAGGUCUGUGAGUGUGGGAGAACAGUGGCUUCAACAGAACAGCGCCACCAAAAGGCUAACCACCAUGAGAGCAGCCUCUCCGUCACGCUCUCAAUGCUCCUUCAGGAAGGGACGAGGGGAGGCUAAGAAGUGUCGUAAGGUGUACGGAGUGGAGCACAAGGAGCAGUGGUGCACGGCCUGUCGCUGGAAGAAAGCCUGCCAGCGCUUCACAGACUAAACGAGGGCGCGAACGAGGGAUGAUGGACAAAAGAGAGACUUGGGAGAAAAAAAGAGAGGUCACGAUCACAACCAGGGCCUGUUAGCCACCAAGAACAACAAAUUCCAGUUUUUUCUACCUUGUUUUUAUUUCCCCUCAAGGAAUAAAGUGAUUUGUGUAUUUUUUUAAAAAUGUAAACGUUGACCUGAGCAGUGAGUCAGUGUGUGUGAUGUUAGUAGCUAGUAGUUGAUGUUAUGACGUGGUAGGCCUACAAUGUUCGUCCUUCCUAGCCUGGUCCCAGACCUGUUGGUGCUGUGUGGCAUGACAACGACCGUAGGAGUUAGUUAUACACAGGGACUGAACUUUUUGGGGUACUGGCUUGUAACCCUGGGUAACAAUUGGCUCAAAAGUCUGUGCCAUGCAAUAUUUCUAAGGACAAACUUUAGACCGUCCUGGCGGGCUAGUGUGGCACAUUUUCUACUUGCCCGAUCUGAAAAGUACUAGCCCGAUCUGAAAAGUACUAGCCCGAUUUGAAAAGUACUAGCCCGAUCUGAAAAGUACUAGCCCGAUUUGAAAAGUACUAGCCCGAUCUGAAAAGUACUAGCCCGAUUUGAAAAGUACUAGCCCGAUUUGAAAAGUACUAGCCCGAUCUGAAAAGUACUAGCCCGAUCUGGCGGGCUGGUUUAGUUUCCAUCCCGGGUUGAGCAAGGCGCUUCAUCCUUAAAUGUUCUCAAACUUCUUCUUCUAUACAGCACAAACAGAUCUGGCCCCAGGAUACACGUGUCUCCUCACCUCCCACUGAGAACAUGUCUCUCCUCACCUCCCACUGAGAACAUGUCUCUCCUCACCUCUCACUGAGAACAUGUCUCUCCUCACCUCUCACGCCUCUCCUCACCUCUCACUGAGAACAUGUCUCUCCUCACCUCUCACGCCUCUCCUCACCUCCCACUGAGAACAUGUCUCUCCUCACCUCCCACUGAGAACAUGUCUCUCCUCACCUCCCACUGAGACCAUGUCUCUCCUCACCUCCCACUGAGACCAUGUCUCUCCUCACCUCUUACGUCUCUCCUCACCUCCCAUUGAGAACAUGUCUCUCCUCACCUCUCAUGUCUCUCCUCACCUCCCACUGAGAACAUGUCUCUCCUCACCUCUCAUGUCUCUCCUCACCUCCCACUGAGAACAUGUCUCUCCUCACCUCUCAUGUCUCUCCUCACCUCCCACUGAGAACAUGUCUCUCCUCACCUCUCAUGUCUCUCCUCACCUCCCACUGAGAACAUGUCUCUCCUCACCUCCCACUGAGUACAUGUCUCUCCUCACCUCUCAUGUCUCUCCUCACCUCCCACUGAGUAUAUGUCUCUCCUCACCUCCCACUGAAAACAUGUCUCUCCUCAUCUUCCACAGUAUUGUAGCUCUCUUCUUCUUUAAUAUCCUCCUCCAACACGUCAUUCUUCCCCGUGGCCUCCAACACGUCAUUCUUCCCCGUGGCCUCCAACACCUCAUUCUUCCCCGUGGCCUCCAACACGUCAUUCUUCCCCGUGGCCUCCAACACGUCAUUCUUCCCCGUGGCCUCCAACACGUAAUUCUUCCCCGUGGCCUCCAACACGUCAUUCUUCCCCGUGGCCUCCAACACGUCAUUCUUCCCCGUGGCCUCCAACACGUCAUUCUUCCCCGUGGCCUCCAACACGUAAUUCUUCCCCGUGGCCUCCAACACGUCAUUCUUCCCCGUGGCCUCCAACACGUCAUUCUUCCCCGUGGCCUCCAACACGUCAUUCUUCCCCGUGGCCUCCAACACGUCAUUCUUCCCCGUGGCCUCCAACACGUAAUUCUUCCCCGUGGCCUCCAACACGUCAUUCUUCCCCGUGGCCUCCAACACGUCAUUCUUCCCCGUGGCCUCCAACACGUCAUUCUUCCCCGUGGCCUCCAACACGUAAUUCUUCCCCGUGGCCUCCAACACCUCAUUCUUCCCCGUGGCCUCCAACACCUCAUUCUUCCCCGUGGCCUCCAACACCUCAUUCUUCCCCGUGGCCUCCAACACGUCAUUCUUCCCCGUGGCCUCCAACACCUCAUUCUUCCCCGUGGCCUCCAACACGUCAUUCUUCCCCGUGGCCUCCAACACGUCAUUCUUCCCCGUAGCCUCCAACACAUCAUUCUUCCCCGUGGCCUCCAACACUUCAUUCUUCCCCUUGGCCUCAACACGUCAUUCUUCCCCGUGGCCUCCAACACGUCAUUCUUCCCCAUGGUGUCUACAGAAGCAAUGGACGACCUAUACCUCAAUGUGAUAUGCUAUCUAUGAGAUCUUUUGUACUAUUUUGUAUUUUUGUGUUUUUUUAUUGUUAUAUAAAGAGUUUAAUGUCA